AGGAGAAAGGAAGGGAAUAAGGAAGGAAGGAAGGAAGGAAGGAAGGGCCGUCAUGAUGCCCUGAGCUGAAAUGGAAGGCAAAGCCAAGCCCUUAACCUGGGAGGAUCCCGUCCGGCUCUCCCUGGCGGCAGGUGCCAUCUCCUCCAGGUGAAGGAGCAGCAGCUGCUGAGGCGGGAGGAUGUCGGGGCCAAGGAGGGACAGCGCCAGCAGCCUCCAGCGGAAGAAGCCCCCAGGGCUCCGGCUGGACAUCCCUCUCCCGGCCUCCGUGGGGUUCACGCAGGAUCCGGCCAUGGCCCAGGUAGCGCAAGGAACACGCCUUGAGGGGCCGGACCCCUCUUCCUGCUCCUCCUCUUUGGGGAUCCCCUGGCAGCAGCAGCAGCCUCCCCGGCGCCCUCCCUUCCUGCGCAGUGUCAGCAUGCCCUCCGACAACAACAACCGCCUCCCGUCUCCCUGCAGCGAGGGCCGGCGGAGGAUGGAGCUCCAUCGCCACGCCUCCAUCACACAGACCAUCCGCAGGCAGGUGCGCUUUGAGAGGACCCAGACCCUGCCCUCUGGGGGGCGCCAGUUGGGGGGCAGGCGGCUCCUGAGGAAGCGCCACUCCCUGCCCAGAACCCUCCUCAGGGGCACAGCGGAUUGGUUUGGGAUCAGCAAGGAGAGCGACGCCACACAGAAAUGGCAGCGGAAGAGCCUGCGCCACUGCAGCCUGCGCUACGGGAAGCUGAAGCCCCAGGUCAUACGGGAAAUGGACCUCCCCAGCCAGGACAACCUCUCCCUGGCCAGCACCGAGACACCGCCCCCGCUCUACGUGGGCAGCUGCCAUCUGGGCAUGCAGCGGAUUGUUGACCCCCUGGCGCGGGGGCGGGCUUUCCGGAUGGCAGAGGAUAGCGACGGCUGCAGCGCCCCUCACACUCCCAUCACGCCGGGGGCCGCCUCCCUCUGCUCCUUCGGCAGCUCCCGCUCGGGGUUCGGCCGCUGGCCCCGCAGGCGCAAGAGGGAGUCCGUGGCCAAAAUGAGCUUCCGGGCUGCAGCUGCCCUCAUGAAGGGCCGCUCUAUGAAGGAGGGCUCCCUCCGGCGGGCCCGGCACCGCAGCUUCACCCCCGCCAGCUUCUUGGAAGAGGACACCGUGGACUUUCCGGACGAGCUGGACACCUCGUUCUUUGCUCGGGAAGGAGUCCUCCAGGAAGAGCUCUCCACCUGCCCCGACGAGGUCUUCGAGUCGCCGUCCGAGGCGGCCAUCAAGGAGGCGGAAGUGAAGCUCCCGCCGCCAGAGGAGCAGCCGGCCCUAACUGGAGGGGCCCUGGACCGGAGUGAACUGGAGAGGAGCCACCUCCUGCUCCCCUUGGAGCGCGGCUGGCGGAAGCAGAAGGAGGGUGCGGCCGCCUUGGUGCCGCCGCAGCCCAAGGUGCGCCUGAGGCAGGAGGUGGUAACGCUGGGGCUGCAGCGGCGCGGGCAGCGCAUCACGGUCCCCGUCCGCAAGCUCUUUGCCAAGGAGAAGCGCCCCUACGGCCUGGGCAUGGUGGGCCGGCUGACCAACCGCACUUACCGCAAGCGCAUCGACAGCUUCGUCAAGCAGCAGAUUGAGGACAUGGAUGACCACCGGCCGUUCUUCACCUACUGGGUCACCUUCGUCCACUCCCUCAUCACCAUCCUGGCUGUGUCCAUCUAUGGCAUUGCACCCGUGGGCUUCUCCCAGCAUGAAACGGUGGACUCGGUGAGCGAUUUGGGAAGCAGCAGCCACAGGGAACCAUCAACCCCCCCGGGGGUCCUGGGAAGGCAGUUGUGGGUCAGGAAACCCCUUCUAUGGGAGAGGCAGUCCCUCUGGCCCUUCUCCUCUUCCUACUCAUUUGGUACUUUGCUCAAGGUGGGCUCUGGCCUUUUUCUCCUUCGAGGAAACGUGAUCGCUUAUUCUUCCCGACAGGUCUUGAGAAAUCGUGGGGUUUAUGAGAAUGUGAAGUACGUCCAGCAGGAGAAUUUCUGGAUCGGGCCCAGUUCGGAAGCCCUCAUCCACCUGGGUGCCAAGUUUGCCCCCUGCAUGCGCCAGGACCAGCAGGUACACAGUUUCAUCAGCGCCGCCCGCGAGAGGGAGAGGCACUCGGCCUGCUGCGUGCGCAACGACAAGUCCGGCUGCGUCCAGACAGCCGAGGAGGAGUGCUCUUCCACUCUGGCCGUCUGGGUGAAGUGGCCUGGCCACCCUAGCGCCCCUCCCCUGCUGGCAGGAGACAAGCGGCAGUUUGGGUCAGUCUGCCAUCAAGACCCCAGGGUCUGUGAGCAGCCGGCCUCCAUGGAUCCCCACGAGUGGCCCGACGACAUCACCAGGUGGCCGAUCUGCAUCAAGAACAGUGCUGGGAACCGCACCAACCACCUGCACAUGGAUUGUGUGAUCACGGGCCGGCCCUGCUGCAUCGGCACCAAGGGUGUGAGAUUACCUCAAGGGAGUACUGCACCUUCAUGCAUGGCUACUUCCACGAAGAGGCCACCCUCUGCUCCCAGGUGCACUGCAUGGACGAUGUCUGCGGCCUCCUGCCCUUCCUCAACCCAGAGGUCCCGGACCAGGUUUACCGGCUGUGGCUCUCCCUCUUCCUUCACGCAGGGUAAGGCCGGCUCUUCCCUUUCCCCCUUUAACCCUUGGUGGUCCUGGGGGAGGGUUGUCUUGCCCCCUCCCCGUCACAGCUCCCUCUGCUCUCUCUCUGCUGGCGCCAGGAUCCUGCACUGCCUGGUGUCCGUUUGCUUCCAGAUGACCAUCCUGCGGGACCUGGAGAAGCUGGCUGGCUGGCACCGCAUCUCCAUCAUCUACCUGCUGAGUGGCAUCACGGGAAAUCUGGCCAGCGCCAUCUUCCUGCCGUACCGGGCGGAGGUGGGUCCAGCCGGGUCCCAGUUUGGCAUCCUGGCCUGCCUCUUUGUGGAGCUCUUCCAGAGCUGGCAGAUCCUGGCGCGCCCCUGGAGGGCCUUCCUCAAGCUGCUGGCGGUGGUGCUCUCCCUCUUCGCCGUCGGGCUCCUGCCCUGGAUCGACAACUUUGCCCACAUCUGCGGCUUCGUCAGCGGCCUCUUCCUCUCCUUCGCCUUCCUGCCCUACAUCAGUUUCGGGAGGUUCGACCUGUACCGCAAGCGCUGCCAGAUCCUGGCCUGCCAGCUGGUCUUCGCAGGGCUCCUGGCCGGCCUGGUGGUGCUCUUCUACGUCUUCCCCCUGCGCUGCCAGUGGUGCGAGCUCCUCACCUGCCUGCCUUUCACGGACAAGUUCUGCGAGAAGUACGAGCUGGACGCCCAGCUCCACUGAGGGACUUAAACCCAAAUGCCUCCCCUCCGACUUGCACUUGCCUUAUCUCACCGACCGGACCCUCCCUCCUCCUCUGACCGGGAAGGGCCCCUGCCUUGUCUGGCUCAGCCGGACCCUCCUCUGCUGCCAUCUUUUUAUUACCACUAAUUCCAAAGUGGCCUUUUUAAUGAGAUUUAUUACGUGUUGCCCAGGUGGCAAUUAAAUACACACAAGGUAGCGUUUUAGCUACAUUUACAAA